AUAUCUCAUCUGACUCAGGACAACUCUGGGAGUUAGGCACUAUUUGUCAACCCUGGGGAGAUUGAGGCAAAAGAUUUCCCCAAAUUCCCACAGCUAGGAAUAAAAACCCAUCAUCAUAAUAGGUAACAUUUGUACAGUGCUUUCUAGGUAGGCACUGUGACAAGAGAUUUACAACUAUCUCAUUUGACUGAGGACACUACUAGAAGGUAUUUGAAGCAUGUGAUGAAGAUAAAAAAGGCUAUCUAAGCAGAGAAGACUUUAAAGUUGCUGUAGUAAUGCUGUUUGGUUACAAACCCACAAAGAUAGAAGCAGAUUCUGUAAUGACAUCAGUCAAACCAAACACUUCAGGCAUAUACCUUGAAGACUUUAUAAACCUCAUGCAGAAAAAGAAGGCAGUCCAACUCCAUCAUAACGAAAUAAGACAGAUCUUCACAGCUUUUGACAUGCAAUAUCGUGGAUUUUUAACUUUGGAAGAUUUCAGAAAAGCCUUCAGACAAGUGGCUCCCAAAUUGCCAGAAAGGAUUGUGCUUGAAGCUUUCAGGAAGGAGACUCUCUCCCUGUAUAUGGAUAGAAGUGCCUCUAUUCCUGAAUUUCCCAACUGUAUGCUCUACCUGGAUCCCUGUGAUUGUGUCCAUCAGACAAAAGGAUUAAGGGAAGCAGUUUGGACUGUAAGGCCAGUCUUUAGGACAUCAGCCUGAGGAGACAGGCCCAACCAGCUCUGAAGGGAAGUAGACCAGGACUCAGAUGGACAUGUCAGCUUUAAAGACUUUGAAUAUGCAAUGAACUAUGGUCAAAAUGAAGAGUGAAUACUGGAAUCUGCUUAUGCUGAAUUCCAGAAGGCAGGGGAUUCCAUGUGAGAUCAACCCAACACUCAAUGUUUUGAAAAACUGCUUUUGAGACUAUUGUAACAUUUAUCCUGUUCUUAAUAGAUUAUAAAUAUAUAAUUCAGUAUGUUUUCAUUCUGAAUCAUUCCAAUUUACAAAUAAUAUCACUUUAAUUAUGCA